CGAUGACGUGAACAGAUGGUAAUUGGUGUGGAGGCGGGCGUGGAGUGCGACCUCUGCGGACCUACCUGUGUCCCACGCCCCUCUGGCUCCACCGCCACCCAGACUCCUGCAUCCCCUACCCCUGCGUCGCUCAGCCCCACCACGCCCGCGACCCCAGAGUGUGAGGAGAGCGAGCCCACCUCGACUCUUUGGGAGGCUGAUGAGGACGUUGCGGAUUCAGAACACGCCUCCUUCACGCCCCAGCACCGCCCACUCUACCAGAAAAUCGUAGUCCCCGAGGAAGAGGAGGAGGAGGAGGAGGUCGUGGCGGGGGUCGGGGAAGAAGACAUGGCGGUGUCGAGCGACCACGCGCUCUACGCCCCCAAGCCCACGUACGACCAGCUCGACCAGUAUAGGCCCCCGUCGAAGCGCUCCGGCGAUGAGAAGUUGCGACGCACGGGAUUGGCCACCAUCUCCCCGCAGAAGGGCGGGAGCAGUGACAGUGACGAUGAGAGAGAGCUUCCCAUACCACGCUCUCCCCAGACACGGCUACGGCAGCUCACCAAGAGAAGUCAUUCCGACCCAGAGGUGAUACCCCUGUCCCCGCCCCCGUCACUCUACACGGAGGAGGAGGAAGAGGAGGUACUCCGUCCCAGGAAGGAGCACGUGGUGGAGCAGGAGCCGGUCCUACCAUCCACGCCAGAAUCGGGCUCCUCCAACUCGUCAGCCAACCCCUUCCGAAGCAUCAGCGAGAAGGCGAGUCUCGGCAGCAAGGACGACGCCGGUACAGGGACGUCGGUCGCAGCGGAGGACGAAGUCGACUCCCAGCAGGAAGAAGGGCAGUGCACGGGCGGAGUGUUCCCCUCGCUCCCCGACAACUACCUUCGCUCCAUAGGCCUAGCAAGGGACGACCAUUCGCCCACCGAGAAUCUCUCCGCGCAGGAAAUCGAAGGGAAGUUCAAGCAGCUGUCCCUGGCCUUCAACACCGACCGCCUCACCCUGCGCCAGCGCCUGGACGUGCAGCAGCGGCAGAGGGACACCGCAGAGAACAAUUUCGAGACGGAAAUCAACCUGCUUCGCAGUGCGGUGCUGGCCCUCCACGCGGACUGCCUCGACUCGGAGCUGGUGGACAACGUCACGCAGGUCCGUCGCCAGCUGGAUGUCCUCAUAACCACCUCGACCAGACUCGUCUCUGCCUCUGAGGUAAAAUGUUUGAUUUAUUUAUAUUUUUUGUUAUUCUUUUUUCUCUCAUUCCUCUUAAAGAUCCAAAUAUUUGUUUCUUUAUUUUCUCCCCUGACGCCAAAUUCAGCCUAUCGUCCAUCUUCAUUUAUUGUAAGCACUCUGACCCCUUUUCUGAUGCCCCAAGUCGCUAACCCUUCACCUGUCUCCCCCUUCUGUCACCUGCCUCGUGUGUCUCAGCCUCCACCUUCACCUGUGUCCUUCACCUUCACCUGCCACUUUUAAUGCCAGUGUGUUUUAUGCGUCGUCGUCUUUGUUUCGUGUCCUUGUCUCCCCUG